ACGGAAUAAUCGUCAGACGGACUGGUCCCACGGGCUAAUGUGUCCGCCCUCACUCCUGCAGGAAUGGAUGGUGACACACCAGAAGAGUUCUUGGCCGAACUGAAGACCAGGCACCUGGGAGCAUGGGGUGUUGCUCAGAUAGCUGCUGGCACUGGGCUCGCUGUAUAUGCUAUGUGGGCGGGAAUCCUCCAGCCAGGUUUCCGAAAAGUACCUCUGAGGCUACAGGUCCCCUACAUUCCAGCCAGCAAGGCAGCGGUACAGCAUGUCAUGACAUUGUUGCGAGGUCGUAAGGGAGGCCUCGUGGAUUUGGGAUCUGGUGAUGGUCGCAUUGUCUUGGAAGCCAAUCAGCAGGGUUUCACUCCUACUGUUGGUUAUGAGCUCAACCCUUGGCUUGUUCGCCUCGCCAGCUUUCAUGCAUGGAGAGCAGGCCAGCAAGGAAAAGUGUCCUAUCGACGGGAAGAUCUCUGGAAGGUCGACUUGAGAGAGUGCAAGAAUGUAACAGUGUUUUUGGCGCCUAGCGUGCUUUCCUUAUUGCAGGAGAAGUUGGAGGCUGAACUUCCUGAUGAUGCCUUAGUUGUAGCUGGACGUUUUCCCUUCCCUGACUGGAAACCCUGCAGGAUUGAGGGCCAGGGUGUGGACAGAGCCUGGGCCUAUAGCAUGCAAGCACAAAGACAGCACACCUUAAGGGAAAAGGACACACUCACAAUCGUGGAUAGCGACCUUGACAAUGAAGUAACCAAGGAGAAACUAUCCACUUGAGGCUACAUGGACAUACCUAAUCUUUUACCCCCCUAUAAUGAGAUAUUUAUAAGGUGUAAAUAUACUUUACUGGAUAAGGACAAUUUACUUAACUGUGCUGUCUCAAUACAAAAACACUAAAUACCUUUUCAUUACAUCGGCAACAGGAUGUUUCUGAAAAACUGUUUAACGGUAUACACUCUUUUCUUUUCACUCCACUUAGGCAAUGAAAUAAAUAAUAAACAUGUAGGGUUUUUGCCGAAUGCUCUCUUCUAUAGUGUUGAUGGAUUAUCAACAAUGACUGAAUCAUUUCUAAACCAGAAAACCCUGAGCAAGGGUCUCUGUUGACAUUAAAAGAAAACCACACCUUUGCCUGUAGACUAUUGGGGGAUAACCUGCUGAGGGGGAACGAGCUUGUAAUCUGCAGUUUUUGCUGUGUUAACCAUAUGCCACCAUAUACUUAGUAUUUCUUAGGCCUAAAUGUAAUUAGACAACUUCCGAGGAAAGAUUGGAUUUGAUGAAGCAUCUUGAUUUGUACAGGUCUCCUACCUUUACAAAACAAUCUGCUCCAUGUUAAUUGCUUUGUGGGUGGUGGUGAGGAAUAUAGCCCUUCAGGCUCUUCAUUGCUCUGUAAGUGUGAUUGUUUUUUUCUAUCUCACAGACUGUAACCCCAUGUGUAACCCUUGGACCCAAGGGGUUCAUAGUCUAUAGUACAUCCUGGGACAGUAUGACAUAGUAACAUCUGUGUAUGUCUUGGGUACAUGCAUUCGUUUCGCCUUGUAAAUGAUUGUCCAGUAGCAGUUUGUUUUUAGCUUUGAUUAUCUUGAAUGUUUAUAUUCGUAUCUAGCUAUAAUAAUGGCAGCUGGAUAAAAGAAACUGAAACAACACAA